AUCACAGCCCCACCGCCUCGGCUGGGAGGAUACAACCAUUCCGAUUAGGGCAGCCGUUGCCAACGAUGCAAUGCCUUGUUUUACGGAUGAACCCUAGGCAUAGGCACCUUCUGAGUGCCGCGGUCAUCUCGAAGAGGCUGUACCACCCUCGUCCUCCCAUAUAUAAUUUGCGAUAGGCCCCUGUAAACAGCACCCGAACGCCCCAAGCUACCCGGCGAAUACUGGAAUCUGUGCUUUAUGUUUACCGAAGAGAAGCUGGAGAGGAAGCUGGAGCCAUGGGGUUUUCAUUCAGCCUUCGAUGAACUGAAGUAAGCUGGACUCACACAACUCGGCCAACCCGCUGCUGCCGACAGCAGGGGCUUCCCUCUCCCCUACACCCUCUCCAGCUAUGGCAGGCUUCAAGCGAGGCUAUGAUGGCAAGAUCGCUGGCUUGUAUGACUUGGACAAGACGCUGGGCCGUGGCCACUUUGCAGUGGUCAAGUUGGCACGCCAUGUCUUCACUGGCGAGAAGGUAGCGGUAAAAGUGAUCGACAAGACUAAGCUGGACACUGUGGCGACAGGCCACCUUUUCCAGGAAGUCCGAUGCAUGAAGCUGGUACAGCACCCCAAUAUUGUGCGCCUGUAUGAAGUGAUAGACACUCAGACAAAGCUUUACCUCAUCUUGGAGCUAGGUGAUGGAGGGGAUAUGUUUGACUACAUCAUGAAACAUGAGGAGGGUUUGAAUGAAGAACUGGCUAAGAAAUAUUUUGCCCAAAUUGUCCAUGCUAUAUCCUACUGCCAUCGGCUGCAUGUGGUGCACAGGGACCUCAAGCCAGAGAAUGUGGUGUUCUUCGAAAAACAAGGACUGGUCAAGCUCACUGAUUUUGGAUUCAGCAACAAGUUUCAGCCGGGGAAAAAGCUGACAACAAGUUGUGGAUCUCUGGCUUACUCUGCACCGGAAAUACUGCUGGGUGAUGAAUAUGAUGCUCCAGCCGUAGAUAUCUGGAGUCUUGGUGUGAUCCUGUUCAUGUUGGUAUGCGGCCAACCACCUUUCCAGGAAGCUAAUGACAGUGAGACCCUCACUAUGAUCAUGGACUGUAAAUACACUGUACCGGCCCACGUCUCCAGCGCCUGCAAAGAUCUGAUAGACCGGAUGCUUCAGAGAGACCCUAAGCGGCGAGCCUCCCUGGAGGAGAUUGAGAGCCACGCCUGGCUGCAGGGGGUCGACCCGUCCCCAGCCACCAAGUACAACACUCCCCUCGUCUCCCACAAGAACCUGUCAGAGGAGGAGCACAACAGCAUCAUCCAGCGCAUGGUGCUGGGAGACAUUGCUGACCGAGAGGCCAUAGUCGAAGCCCUGGAAACCAACAAAUACAACCACAUCACAGCCACAUACUACCUGCUAGCAGAAAGGAUCUUGAGGGAGAAGCAGGAGAAGGAGGUCCAGACCCGAUCCUCCAGCCCCAGCAACAUCAAGGCACACUUCAGGCAGUCUUGGCCCACCAGGAUGGACAUGCACCAGGACAUCGAGGACAGUUUGGCAGCUUCGUCCAUCUCCCACGCAGGAGGCCCUCAGUCGCCCGCUCGCAGCGCAGAAAACCUGCUCAACGGACAUCGCUCCAAAGGCAUGAUGGAGCUGGGCCGACGGGAAGAAACCACGGUGACCGACUCUCCAGGACCAACAGCACAGGGAGCCUGUGCUGCCGCCUCAGGUCCUGCUCCUGGCUCUGGUUCUGGGACCAUCAGGGCCACCACCCCUUCCACCUCAGCAGCAGCCAAGCAGCGGACCUGCCUGUUCAGGGUGGAGGAGGAUGAAGAGGAGGAGGAAGAGCAGGACCCGUCUCCUCUCCCGACGCAAGUGAUCCUGCGGCGCAAACCCCCCUCCAUCACCAACCGCCUCACCUCCAGGAAGAGCGCCCCGGUUCUAAACCAGAUCUUUGAAGAGGAGGGGGAGUCGGACGACGACUUUGACAUGGACGAGGGCCUGCCGCCAAAACUCAGCCGCCUCAAGAUGAACAUGGCUGGAAACGCAGGCAACCUGAGCGCCGGGGCCGGAUCCUCGUCGUCACCGGGGUCCACGCAGAAGCGCUACCACCGACGCAAGAGCCAGGGGAGGGGGUCGUCGUGUUCCAGCUCUGAGACCAGUGACGACGACUCGGAGAGCCACCGGAGGCGCCUGGACAAAGACUCGGGCUUCAGCUACGGCUGGAACAGGAGGGACAGCAGCGAGGGCCCGCCAGGCAGCGAGGGGGGAAACGGGGGAGGCAGCAGCUCAGGGCAGGGGAAGCCUCCCACAGAGGGAGGAGGCUCCUCUGGUCCAGACAGAGGGAGUCCUCCUGGAGCAGGAGGUAACGGAGGAGGAGAGGGUGGCGGUGGUGGAGGGGGGAGUGGGGGAGGAGGAGGGGGUAACAAAGGACAAGACAGCCCCUCCAGUUGUUGUAACAACAGUAGCACUACUAACCCGUCCCUCAGCUCUCUGUCCCGGUCCUCCCGCACAGCCAGCCGCAGCACGGAGCUGGUGGAAAGUCUGAAGCUGAUGAGUUUGUGUCUGAGCUCCCAGCUGCAGCAGCACCGCGGUGGGCGGGGCAGUCGGGGUGGGGGAGGAGGGGGAGGGGGGAAGUUCAUCAUAGACCCUCGCAGCCUCUCAGGAGGGAGCGUGAAAAUCCAGGAGAAAUCGGCCUGGAGGAUGUGCAUCGGCUCCACGGGGAGCCUGGACACCAUCACCCUCCCCACCACCACCUCCACCGGCAGCCUGACCCACACCCACUCUGGGCAGCACCACCACCGCAAGACUGCACCGCAUGGAGCCCCCGGCCUGCACAGGCCGAGCGGCAGGGACGCUCACAGCAACCUGAGCGCACUGAAAAACAGCGUGCUCCAACUACCUCUGUGUGAGAAGACCAUCUCCGUCAACAUCCAGCGGGGCGGGGGCUCCAGGGAUGGCCUGCUCUGUACCUCAGCUCCAGCCAGCUGCUGCCAGGUCAUCUGAAGCUCUCUAAGCCCUCAUGGACCUUCAGCCACCUCCACACAGCUCUCACACUUCUCCAUCUUGUCUCUCAGUCUUGUGCAUCCUGUUUUCUGAACCUCUUGUCCUGUGUUUGUGGUGGCCGGUAGCUGAGCUCCCAUCAGCAGCUCUCCUGUUCGCUCUGUGCUCUGCUACCUGGAUGUGUUUCUGCUGCCUGUUGCUGGUUGUUUUUAACAUCUGUUAGUGUUUUCACUUCAUCAUUUUAUCCUGGUUUUAUGUUUCCCAACUGCAUUUUUACGUUCUUAAUUAGAAUCCGCUGGUUUUCCAGCAUAAUCAAACAAGGAAGGUUUGAAUUAAAGGCAGGCAGAGUCCAGACAGAGUGUUAGGACCUCAGUGUGAAGCGUUCUGACAAGCACGUUAUAAUGUCAUUGUAGGAGGAAGUCAUGUUUUCAAAAUGAAGUCAUAUUUUGGAAAAAGCUGAUUCUACUUGAAGACAAAGUAGAAGUUUAAUGAUAAAUAUAUUAUGAUGAUGUUCUGCAGGGUUCUCCAAGAUAUACAGUACAGUGUAACACGAGGUUUACAGUCACAGCAUAGAUGAUACGGCCUACGACUGUUCACCAAGCAACUUUUUAAACAUCUAUGUGGCAGCUUUGUUGCUUAUUCACAGCUGCACACAACAACCAUCCAAACAAUGUGAUUAAUUAGUCACCAAACGCAGCCAGGAGCUGGUGAAGCAGCAAUGGAAGGAUGAACCAGUUUAUGGUCCACAUGCAGGAUAUCUGCAGGACUUUGAUACACCGUAUUCAGUCCCUGUAGAGGGUUAUAAAAAAUCUUGCAUUUCAGUCCCACAGGACUUAAAUCUUGCCUGAGUUAGGCAGUAGAAAAACUACAUUGCUUGGUGUGUGACUGCAGCCGUCACGUUCUCCAGCUCUGAACCAAAAGCAGGACUGUUGAGAUGCUGUUCACACCUUUUAAUGUCGCUUCAUUACAGCUGCUACAGCAACUGGAAAAUCAUCAACUCAGAAAUUAAAUGAACAUACACUACCGUUCACAGGUUUGGGGUCAUCCAGAGAAUUUAAUGUUUUCUAAACAAACUCACACUUUUAUUCAUGUGUUAACAUAACUGCACAAGGGUUUUCUAAUCACCAAUGAGCCUUUCAGCACCAUCAGCUAACACAAUGUAGCAUUAGGACACAGGAGUGAUGGCUGCUGGAAAUGUUCCUCUGUACCCCUAUGGAGAUAUUCCAUUAAAAAUCAGCUGUUUACAGAUAGAAUAGUCAUUUACCACAUUAACAAUGUCUACACUGGAUUUAUCACUCUUUUAAGGUUAUCUUCAUUGAAAUACUGCUUUUCUUUGACAAAUAAGGAUGUAAGUGUUCCCGAACGUACGUGUGUGUGUGUGUGUGUGUGUGUGUGUGUGUGUGUGUGUGUGUGUGUGUGUGUGUGUGUGUGUGUGUGUGUGUGUGUGUGUGUGUGUGUGUGUGUGUGUGUGUGUGUGUGUGUGUGUGUGUGUGUGUGUGUGUGUGUGUGUGUGUGUGUGUGUGUGUGUGUUCAGAUCGUGUAACUUUGAAGUAUUAGGCUGACAACAAUGCCACAUUCCUGCGCUUCAUACAGAACUGUGAGCCUUGUUGUCCUACUGAUUUGACCCUCAGACACAAACUAAAUGACGUUAUGAGGCAGAUUUGAUGAACACUGCAGAAGUGUACUAAAGAUUCCAUUUUUUAAGCUAAAGUCACGUGCAGACUGUUUUGAGUACCGUUACUGAUUCAUGCAGCCACUAUCAAUAAAGUUUUAGACUUUGACCAACUAGUUUCCGUCCUGCAGAUGUUCCAUUUAUAAAACCACAGCUCGUACUACGAUUUCUGCUGACAUUCUAACUGAAUUAAGUACAGCUUCUUUUUUACAGAAUGAGCUCAGUUUUGUAAUCACCUCUUCUAAGAUCUCAUUUCUUUCUUUCUGACCUUUUAACCUGUAGGGAAUUUACUCUUGACAUUACAGGGUUUUUUUGAGAAGUUUUUUUUAAAGCUUUAUUUAUAUUUUUCCUAAUAAUUCAAUCUAAUCUUAAAAUUUUAACUUUCUUUCCUUGUAAAAAUGAAAAGUGAAUUCUUCUGUUGUUGACUUUUUCUCUAAAUGACUUCAUUGUGAUCACAUGACGGCUGGUUUUUCCAGAGUGAGCGUCUGAACACUCCAGGUGGUUGAGAAGUCUUAGGCAGAGCUGACAGUGAUGGAGGAAUGAGAGCGUCUCCUCAUUAAUACCAACCAACGCUCCUGAAAAUGACGGCCCUCCCUCACCUCUAACCGGGGGUCGUCUGUGAAUGUUAGCAGCAGAGAGCACAGCUGGACUCCAUGAACACGAAUCCAUCCAGAGGAUCUGAUCUGAGACGAGAAUCUAUUUGGACUCCAUGUUGCACUCAGACAAUCUGUUUUCUGUUGUUUUUGAGAAUCAUUUGUGGGUGACUUGAGCUUGGUGCAGACUGCUGGUCACUACCCUUUAAACGUCAUUAGAGAGGCAGCUCUCUGUUAGAUUUUAAACAAGGAAGAGGAAAGCUGGCGGUUUAUCAUCGGAGCAUGUGAGUGCAGCGCUGUAUUGAUUCUGUAGCAACACGGUGCUCACCAUGUUUGGAAAAGUUACUGCUGACCACAGAUUUACAAAUGAGGUGUUAUUUUUUUAUCCACAUGACGUUGUGUUUGCUGAUAGAGAACAUGUUGUGAUCCAGAGGUUCCCCAAAGCUUACUGUACAUGAGGCGUUAGUAGAGUAUGUACAUACAGUGUGAUGCAAAGUCAAAGUUUAUUUUUUAAAACUUGUACAUUAUUUUGAGUGAUCUGCUGUUUGAAAAUGUUCAUUUUGUUUUUUUUUUUGUUUUUUUUAAACUGACAGGGGUCUGCAUGAAGUGUCAUUUAGUGAGGAAUGUGUGCUCCAGUAGGAACUCUUUCACACAGGAGAGAAACGUUUACUUCCAGCUUUAACAUGAGCUGGAAAAGAGAUGAACAAAUGAGAGAGGGAAAGGGGGAAAUGGGGAAAUUCUUUAAGGGCAUUGGCAAUAAGCUAUACCGUGUGUUGCAGCUAUCUGUACAGAAACACUUUUUUCAUUAGUUUCAUUUUUUAAAUUCCAGACUUGUGCAGCCUCACAGCAGCUGCUUUAGAUUUAAAAGAAAAAAAAAGGAACCUUUAAAUAUUUUUUUUCUCUUUGGUUGUUGUCUGAGAUUUUUUUUAAAAACCAAAUGUAAAUAGAUUUGUAAAUAUGGUGCUCUUUCUCUCCAUCUAGAACAGCAGAGUGAACCUUUUGGUGCAUAGCUGUACAAUAAUCUAGCCUUAUGAUAAUUACUGUAGUAAUACUGUAUGGGUGUCUCAGCUAAAAAAGCCGUGUGAGAAGAAACCACACGAUUCUAUUCAUACUGUCAGGUCUCUUUGACUGUUGUCUUACUCAGCUGUAUCCAGGUGAAUGACGUGCAUGUGUUUAAUGUUUGACAUUCAAAGACACCGAGCGAAGAGAGAAUCAGAAGCAGGAAUGUUACUGGACCAAAAAGCAACAGAAGAAGAAAGAGGAGGGAAAAAAGAUGGGCUGGAACUGACAGAAAUAUUCAGUGUAUUAUUCUGUAGUUGAUACCUGUUGUCAGACGUUACAUAUAGCUAUGGUAAUAUCCAAAAAAAUAAAAUGUGGAAUACUGUCUCAUA